AUGACGGGUGAGUCCCGCGUCAGGGUUUUUCCCGGUGUAGGCCUUUUACUGAUGGCUGUCAGUUUGGCGGCCCACUCCGCGUCAGGAUCACGGUACGACGUAAACAGUGACAGGCCAGGACAUCAGCCAGAAAAAUAUUACUGGAGACCAGGCCCACCGAUAAAGAAUAACGAUGGCACGUGGACGUUCCAGCCAAGGACAUCCAUAGGUGAGCCGAUGCCGGACAUGCCCACAAGGAUGGAGCGAAUGAUAAGGAAGGUUCAGUUUCGCCUCGUCAAAGCUCUGGAGGCCCAAGAAACGGGUGGGAAAAAAUUCCAGCUCCACAGGACCAACAGGACGAAAGGAAGUGGCGAGAGCGUCAUGUACGUCCUGCAGAGCGGGGAUGUCUUCGAAAAGGCCGGAGUAGGCGUCUCCGUGGCCAGGCACACCCUGCCCCCAAAAAUUGCCCAGCAAAUGCGAGCUAGGGGAAAGGACGUGGACGAAGGCUCGCCGUUCAUUUCCGUUGGCAUCAGUUGUAUAAUUCACCCCAGAAAUCCCAUGGUGCCAGCGAUCCACUUUAACUACAGAUACUUCGAGGUGAAGGGCAGGAACGGUUCAACCCAGUGGUGGUUCGGGGGUGGCACCGACUUGACCCCCUACUACUUGGACGAAGGUGACGCCUUGGCGUUCCAUUCCACGCUAAAAAAAAUCUGCGACAAGUACGAGAAGGGCUCCUACGAGAAGUUCAAGAGGAACUGCGACUCGUACUUUACCAUAGCCCACCGGAACGAGACCCGGGGCAUAGGUGGCAUAUUCUUCGACGAUUUGACCACGCCCGACCAGAAGCUGGCCUUUGCUUUCGUCAAGUCCUGCGCCAAGGCUGUCGUACCCUUGUACCUACCGCUUGUUCGAAAGCACAAAUAUUACAAGUGGAACAGUACUGAGCGCAAGUGGCAGUUGAUCAGGAGAGGCAGAUACAUUGAGUUCAAUUUGAUCUACGACAGAGGAACGAAAUAUGGGUUACAAUCGACGGUUACUAUUAUCGAAAACGUUUUUAUGGCCGCGCCUCCGAAAGCCAUUUGGGAGUACAAGUAUGAGCCUCAGGCUGGCUCCAGAGAGGCUGAUCUGAUGGAGGUUUUGAGACAUCCAAGGGAUUGGGCCUGA